AGUCCCUGUAGGGAGGUGUAUGGCCGGAGUGAGGGCCUCGCAGACCUGCGGCGGCUGCGCUACCAGAGCACCCGCUUCUGAGUCAUUCUUUGGGCUCACCCUGCUGCCCGGGGUGGGAGGGAGGGUGACGGGCCUCAUAUUUCCUGUGGGCCAUCAACCUAUGCCCCCUGUCCCUCACCCCCGUCUGGAUCAGUCCAUUUCCUGACCUGGGGGGCUUUUCCUUCCCGAUGGGGCUGGUCUGGGCCACACAGAGACAGAUCUUCCUAGGAAGGCCGGGGUGGGGAGAACACAACCUAGGCGGCCCCUCUCUUCCACAGCCCCUCUCCCAACCCUGCGAGGGGGGCCGAGGCCUGCCACAUAGAGGACUCCCACACUGCAUGACCCCUCAUCCCAAACCCAUAUCCACCAGGACUCUUUCCCUUGGGCCCUGCGUCCCGUGGCUGUCUCCCAGUAUCUGUUCCUUCUCAUGCCCCUGCAGGGCCCCGGCCUGUCUAUGAUCCUGCCUCCACCAAAUUCAAGGUGUGGGGAGAUGGGUGCCGUGGUUGGGAGCUCUUCAGCCCACUCCCGACCUCUUCUAGACCUAUGGCUUUCCUGUCCUGCAUUCAGAGCUAGAGGCCAGCUUGGCCUUGCCAGAAGCAUCCAACUUUGAGACUUUGCAGGCUGCCAGAACUUGCCCAGCAUGAAGCUCUGAGAUGCUUUCUCUGCCCCAUGAUGAUGGAGGAUCAGUUCUAUGCUCCAGGACCACAUGAGGGGGAUACUCGGCUGCCUGAACUGGACCUGAUAUGGGGAGCAGGAUGAACUCUGUCUUCUUGGAGCUUGCAGUCUACUGGAGAGGCAGACACCUCAGCACCUCUAAUCUGGAAUCUUUGGGGCACUUGUAGCCUUGGGUGGGGGAACAGGUUGGACUGAAAGCGAGGCCAAAAGUAAUCAAUUAAUGGUAUCAAUAAAUCCUCAUUUCUUGAGCUCUUCCCCUGGGUUGGGUCCUGUUGGGAGCUGGAUCACACAGGUCACUCAGUAUUGAAGAUGAGAAAGUAGCUGGAUGAUAACUUCUCGGCCUUUUGGCCAAGAUCAAAUAUGGAGAAAGUAGCUGGAUGUUGGAAUCUAGCAGAGUUGUGUCUUGAAUUUUAUAAUUUAUUGAGCACCUACUAUGUGCCAGAUACUUUGCUGAAACCAUAUGUUAGAGCUGGGAGGGGAUUUAAAGAUCACUUGAAUCCUGUCACAGAGGUCCAGAGAGGGUGGGUGACUCGCCCUAGGCCACACAGCUGGUUGAUGAUAACAGGGCCCAAGCUUGGAACCCAGGUCUCCUGACUCAGUGCCCACUCUGUUACCACAGGGAUGGCACCCAGAUGGGAAGCUGCCUGAGGCUGCAGGGAGGCUGGGAUCACAAACUCAGGCCUGUCCCCAGAGAGGGGCUCAUCAGACUGUGGGGACAACGGCUCCAGCCUCUUGGGUGGGGGCUGGGCAGUCCCCUCUGGGUGGUUCUCAUGUUUGUUCUCACUGCCGCUAAGGGCAGCAGUGAGCUGUGAGCAGCCUGGACUCACUCCCUCUGCCGGAACCUGGGCCGUGUGUGGGUUGCCACAAGUGAGGGUGUUCUCUAAUAUGAGGGCAGGUUCAUUCUGUUUUGGGAUAGGAAGUUUGUUCUACCCCGAGGCCAGAUUUGAAUCCAAACUCAGCUCUUCUAGAUAGGAGGUCCUGGGGAGGGGGUGAGGAUUUAAUAAAUGGGUAAAACCAAAUCCGGGUGCUUAUCUGACUGAGAGGCAUUUAACCCUUCCAUUUUCAAAUGGUAAUCAUAAUAAUAAUAGUAGCUGACAUUUAUUUAGCACUUCCUAUGUGCCAGGCGCUAGGCUAGGACUCUAUACAUAAUUAGUCAUUCAAUUCUCACAGCAACCCUCCAUGGCAUGGAUUCUUAUUUCCCAUUUUACAUAUGGGGAAACUGAGGCUCAUGGACGUAAGUAACUGGGAAAUUGCAGAUCUUGGCUUUGAAUCUAGGCAAUCUGUCUCCAAACUGCAAGGAAGAAGACAGAGCCAGCCUCAGAGGCCGCUUAACAGCUUGAGGGCCUCAGCCGUCCUGGGAUUAGGAUCAGGCAGAUUCCCAGGGAAGGACUUGGAGCUAUGCCUGGGUUUUGAGGCCAGGCUGGCACCUCCACUUCCAGGGCAUCAAGGGAGGGUGCAUGGGCUGUGCUCGCAGGCAUGCGGGACCCAGAGGCAGCCCGGUGAAGGGUAGUGGGGGACUUGACUCACUGUGGGCCUGGGGAGGUGUGGUUUCUCUCUGCCGGCUUAGUUACAGGCAGUGGCCUGUCUCUCCGGGGUCUGGCUGUAGCCAUGUCCCUGCACCCACCUUGCCAGCCAGGGACAGGCCCCGUCAAGACCCAGGAGCAGCUCCAGCCUCAGCCAGACUGUCCCCGAGGUCCCAAGUGAGGCCCCAGCCACUCAGGCAUGCCUCAGGAAGCUCCUGCUGCACAUGCUCCUCUCCCUGCGCCAGCACCCUGCUGUCUGGCUUCCUUCCUUUGGCCACAGGGCGGGUGUGUGUGAAACCACAGGGUUUACGGAAGCUUGAGGUGCCACUGAGUGGCAGGAUUAUGCACUGCACUCGGGGAAUCAAAGGUGGAGGCAGAAAGAACUAUGGCUGUUGUGACACGUCCCCCACAGCUCCCCGGUUGGCAGCCACUGCCACCUGCAGGGACUUUUCUGUGGCUUCCAGAGGUGUGGGGCAAAGGUGGAGUCCGGUGACUUUCUCCCUAGGGCCAGCCCCUGGGCUGUCGAGCCUGGGAAACUCCACAUCCCUCUCCACACCUCUAGAAGGACUCACAAUGAGGGGGGCCCAGACAGGAGGCAUCACCACCUGGUUUGGGCUUUACUAUUCACCCAGGGAUAAAGCAAGGCAAACACCACUCCACAUCAGAUCUGAAUUUGAGCUCUGGCUUCAUGACAUUGACACAUGAAGACUCUUGGAGCCUCAGUUUCCCCAGUUGUUCAAUAGGGAGACUAAUAUCUCACAGAGUUGUUUAGACCCAAGGUGUUCAACCUUGGUGGCAAUGGAUGUCAGCUGGGAGCGUGAAAAAUCACCAAUGCCUGACCCUAUCCUCAGAGAUUCUGAUUUAAUUGUUUUGGAGGACAGCUUGGGCAUUAGGAUUUUAAAGAGUUUCCCUGGUGAUUCUAAUGUGAAGGUAAGGCUGAGAAUCCCUGGUUUUGACAGUACCUAUAGCCUAUAAGCCUUUAAUACACCUCUGAAAAUGCCUGAGACCUGAAUAAGAAGUUUAUGGUUCCGCAGAAGCAGCCAGACACAAAAAUGAAUAUGCACCUUGUGAUUCCCCUUAUAUGAAACUGAAAGACAGGCCAAACUAGCCUUUGAUUGGGAGUCAGGAUCAAGAUUACCCUGGGUCGGGGGUAGUGGAUGGAUGGGGACCUGGGGGGCUUCUGGGAGCUCAGGAGGUUCUGUUUCUUGACCGGAGUGCCAGUUCCACGGGGUGCUCACUUCAUGAGAAUUCACUGAGCUGUAUACUUAGGAGCUGUGUAUUUGUCUGUACUGGUGAUAUAUUUCAAUAAAAUUCACCAGAAAAGCCUGUUGGCUACAAAAUAGGAAAAGAAAGGACACACUUGAAAUUAAUGUUUUGUUAAAUAUCUAGAAAUGUAACACAUAUGCCAAACAGACAACUGCAACUCUAUGUUACGUGUGUGUGUGUGUGAAAAUGUAAUGUCUGCUCUGCUGUGGGUGGGGCCUCUAAAAGGGAAGGUCCCUGAUGCCUAAGAAAAUCUGAAAACAGCCCAGGUUCACACCAGGAGUUCUUAACCUCGACCCGACUGCAUUCAGGUGCAUAUUAUGUGCCGUUAUCUGAGGAGAGCAUCUACAGCUUUCAGCAGAUUCUCAAAGGGGUAUGCAACCCCCUAAAAAGGUUAAGAACAAUUGGUUUUGAGGAGUCAGUAAGAAACUGGCCAUGAAUAUGCUUGGCAUGAAAGAGAUGCUGGGUAAUGUCGGUUUCUUUCCUUCCUUUCAGAGCCCAGCCUUCGGAGGUUUCUGCAUGAGCCUUCUCGGGCGACUUCUAGGAGGAUUUAUUCUCCUGGCAGUGCCGAGGGCAGCCUGCACCAAGCUCACAACUCUUCCUCCAAGAGGAUGUUCAAAGGGCCUGUCAUUUCAGCAUCUGCUGGACAGCAGAACUUCGCAUGCAGGAUCCUGGAGCUGCGUCGGGUUUUGAAUCAGGGACAAUGGAGGAAGUGGGAAACUGUGAAGAGAGUCAGAGGGCUGUGCCAGCUGCCCUCCUUCCCACCCCCAGCAAUUCACUUAACUUUCCUGAGUCUCACCUUUGUCAUUAUGAGAAUGUGUAUAUUUAUAAAUAAUCAUCUGUUUCUCCAAUGUAAGAUAUUAUUGUUAUUGCAGAAGUGAUACUAGGACCUCGUUAUAUGGUGGCCUCAUGAUGUAGAUUUAUAGCAGGCUUCAGAUUCUGGCAUAGAAUAAACAGAUAUUUAUCCAAGAGUUCACUGAUUCCCUAAUAAAUGCCAGGAACAUUCAUGUA